AUGGAUCAGCUUGCGGAAAGUUACAUUGAAAGUUUCGAUCUUUUUAUGGAUAGCGGUGAUCUACAACAGCUGCACAGCGCCUUGGUGAAGUCCGAGCUAGGGCUGUGUAAUGAUGCAGCAAGUCUCCAGCCCCGGCACAUCUUCCCCAGUGCCGAGGUCACCGAUCAGGUCACCGGACAGAUGCAAGCACACGAAGGCCCCACACAACAACUGUCAGCUGUUGCAGGCGAUGUUGUUGCCUACAAUCACAGAUCACCCAUCAACUCCAUGCUGACACCUCCUGCCACCCCACUGCCGGCCUCCCAGCAGACACACCCGACUCCUACGCGAUCUUUAUCCAGUUUUGGCAGUGCAUUCGGCGAUCGAGGAUAUUUUGAAGAUUGGUUUUUAAAGUUAGGAUCGCAAUGCUCGACUGCGAGUGUUAGCUUGGCUAACAGUUCUCAGUCAAACAAGCAGGACAUCAAACCGAAUCCUCUUGAUGAACUACUUAGAUCGAUCGAGCCGCAGCUUGUCCCCCACAGUCCGGUUUCCCCCUCUAUCAAAUCAGAAAGCAACGACAUAUCUGGGCGCACAAAUAAUGAAUUCGACCUGGAUUUUGAUGAAGAUAACGAAUUAGAUGUAGAGGAUGACGACGAUGACGACUCGAAAAGUUCAACAUGUGAAUCGGCUGCAUCGUUCAGGAGGUCAAGGCGAAGCUCCAUGACGCGAUCACCAGGCAGCCCGUUAUCUCCGGAGAGUUCAUUUAUUGACGACGAUGAUCUGGUGUCGUUACCUGUUCGUGAACUGAACAGGCGCCUACAGGGCUGUCCUAAAAGCGAAGUGCAACGAUUGAAACAGAAACGACGCACUUUAAAAAAUAGAGGAUAUGCGCAAAACUGUCGUUCCAAACGCAUGCAGCAAAAAAAUGAACUGGAAACGACAAAUAAAUCACUGGUACAGAAAAUAGCAGAUUUGAAACGACAGUUGAGCACUUCUGUAAGAGAACGCGAUUUUUUUAGGCAGCGUUGUCAUCUCCUAAAAAAUGAAUUGGUUCGAGCCACCCGAGCCCAUAUUUCUAGCCUGCGAAAUGAGCCUGGCUUCGCAGAAUUCCUGGCAAGAUUAGCCGAAGAUGAUAGUUUCAGCAGCACCGCAGCAAGCUCCACCAUAAAGGCAGCUAAAAAUGUUGACAGUGAGAACUUUUAA